AUGUCGGAAUAUAAACUCAUCGGUUCCUCGCCUAGCGAGAUCAAAAAUGGAGACAAGAUUGAAGUAGAAGUCGAGGGAGUUGAGGGAGUGAAAUUACUCCUCGUCAAGCUCGAUGACCAGGUCCAUGCAAUGACUGCCAAAUGUACACAUUAUGGUGCACCUUUGGUUAAGGGUGUCCUUACGCCUGAUGCAAGAAUAACUUGUCCAUGGCAUGGAGCCUGUUUCAAUGUUAUCAGUGGAGACGUGGAGGAUGCUCCCGCACCAAACGCACUGAAUAAAUAUGACAUAUCCGAGAAGGAUGGAGCUUUCUAUGUCAAGACGGAUGAAGCGUCCCUGAAGGGAUGGGGUAGAGAACCAGUCAAGACUUGCAAAGUUGCUGGCAAUGACAGGAUUGUGGUCGUUGGAGGAGGGAGCGGCGCAUUCGGGACCGUUGAGUCUCUCAGAGAACUUGGCUAUAGCGGAAACAUCACGAUGAUAUCAAAGGAGCCUAAUCUUCCGCUAGACAGAACCAAGCUCUCCAAGGCGCUGAUAGCCGACCCUUCCAGGAUCGAACUCAGAUCUAAGGAUUGGUACUCAGGUGUCUCUGUGGAGACAGUGUCUGAUGAAGUGACUGCGGUAGACUUUGACAAGAAGUCCGUGGCCACAAAGUCAGGGAAAUCUUAUCCAUACACGAAGCUUGUCCUGGCCACUGGAGGGACCCCUAGAAGGCUACCGCUUCCAGGAUUUAAGGAGCUAAACAAUGUUUUCACCCUCCGCUAUGUGACUGAUGUCCAAGCCAUUCUUGCCGCAGUUGGAGAUAAGGGCAAAAAUAUCGUUGUCAUUGGUAGUUCCUUCAUUGGUAUGGAGGUUGGCAACGCACUGGCAAAAGAGAACAAGGUUACAAUUGUUGGAAUGGAGUCUGCACCCCUUGAACGCGUCAUGGGCGCAGAAGUCGGUCGCAUUUUCCAGCGCAACCUCGAAAAAUCCGGCGUGAAAUUUUACAUGUCGGCAUCUGUAGACAAGGCAACCCCUUCGUCCACGGAUUCGUCCAAAGUUGGCGCAGUGCAUUUGAAAGACGGAACGGAACUACCCGCUGAUCUGGUCAUUCUUGGUGUCGGCGUUGCUCCUGCAACCGAGUAUAUCAAGGAUAACUCCUCCGUGAAACUUGAAGGUGACGGAUCUCUUAAAACGGAUGAAUCUUUCGCUGUCGAAGGUCUCAAGGAUGUCUAUGCUAUCGGCGAUAUAGCCACAUACCCCUACCACGGGCCUGGUGGUGGACAAGGCGGCAAAUCUCACGUCCGCAUCGAGCACUGGAACGUGGCUCAAAACUCUGGUCGUAGCGUUGGUCGCACGAUUGCACAUUCGGCGACCUCUAGCCACCCAAUAAAACCAAAGCCAUUUAUUCCCAUUUUCUGGUCUGCGUUGGGCGCGCAGCUUCGAUACUGUGGAAACACCAUGAACGGGUAUGACGAUGUUGUUAUGAAAGGAGAACCAGAGAAUGCGAAGUUCGCAGCAUUCUAUACGCUUGGUGAUACGGUGGUAGCAGUUGCUACCAUGGGUAUGGACCCAAUCAAUUCGAAGAGCGCAGAGUUGAUGAGGCGAGGGAAUAUGCCUAGUAAGAAGGAGUUAUUAGCAGGGGCCGAUGUAUUAGCCGUUGACCUCCCCGGGAAGGUGGUGAUGUAG